AUGAUCUUCGGCAACAUUCUCCUCACCAGCGUCCUCGCUGCCACCGCCGCCGCCCUGCCUCACCGCGUGCGCGAUUCUAGCUCUGGCAACUCUUCCAGCGGCAGCGUCCAGUUCGUCAACAACAUGGACUCCGACGUCUACCUCUGGACCACUUCGUCCGACCCCGGCAGCAUGAAGACUCUUUCCUCCGGCGGCGGCACCUACAGCGAAGAAUGGCAGACCAACUCCAACGGCGGCGGUAUCUCGAUCAAGCUCUCCACCACCCAGAGCGAGGACAGCGUCCUCCAGUUCGAGUACACCGUCGACAGCGAGACACUGUACUGGGACCUCUCGUCUAUCAACCUGGAUGAAUCCUCCGAGUUCGUCAAGAACGGCUUCUCCGCCGUCCCCAGCGACUCAAGCUGCACCACCGCCACCUGCAAGCCCGGCGACGUCAACUGCGCUGAGUCUUACCAGCACCCGGAUGAUGUCAACACCCUUUCUUGCUCUGUUGGCGCGCAGUACACGGUCACCCUGGGCUAA